AUAGUGAUGACUCAACUGAAAAAAAACAGUGACCUCACGAAUCGUCUCUCCAAACUUUUCCGACAAGUAUCUUCUCGAACUUGGUUGCAGUCAUGUCCGAACAAUACCGCUACUUCCUUCUCAUCUGCAGCAGCUUCUCUUUUUCCAUAAAUCUAACAGCCAUCACGUUCUGCUACAACAUGUACCAACCCCACGUUUACCCAAGCGACUUUGAUUGUCCUGCUUAUCCGACGUUCUUCCAAGGAAUUCUGAAAAUUUCAGAACUGAAACUGACCAUUCUUUUAUAUUUGAGCAUCAUUGUUUGGCUGACAAUUGCAUCCAUGAUUUUGGUAACUCUCACUUUUUUGAAGAAGUUUUGUACUUCCACGGCAGCCAAUUACAAUAUGAUUGUUAUGUUCCUGAAUUUCGUUUUCAAUGUUGCCAUCAUGCGCAAUUUCUUGAAGCACGGAACUGGCAUCAACGAUGCAAUCGUCUACUAUCUCAACAAGCAAUCUCACGUUUGCUUAAAUGUGCCAGAGUGGCUCGAGCAUAAUAUGGAAAUCACUGUUUUUUUGGUUGUAGCAUUUGGCAUGAAUCUACCAUUUUUGUAUGGGAUUGUCGACAACUCUGUGAGACUGUUCUACCGUUACGCUAUUAACAAAAGAAAUCAUCGACUCAUGCACAUUGAACCCAUCGUGGAUGACAUCAUCAGAUACAGAAGACGUGUUCAAUCGGAGCCUAAUAUUCCACUUGUUGUCAAUGAGGAGGUUGAGUUGCCACCAUCAUAUACUGAAGCAAUCGCAAUGAUUGAACAGGCACCGGUCCAAGAAUCCAAUGAAGCAUCGAUCGAAUCCAGAGAUCCCAUCCACAGUCGCAAUAAUCGUUCAUCCAACACCAAUGAAAAUAACGAUGGAAACACAAACGAUCAAACUGACUAUGAGAAUAAAGAAACGGACAACGAGCGCAGUGGAAAUGAAACAACUAGCAACUUGUCCGCCAACCAGAUGAGAAUCAUUGUAAGCGAAGCAGUCCAAAACGCCAUGGCACAUCUUAUCGCCGUUUCUGACAGAGCUCAGACAUCAUCUUUGUACCAGAGCGUCGUCGUCAAUGAAAUCGAAUUGCAAAACACUUCAAGCAGUCAAUCUGAAACUCAAGAAUAUGACAAAGAAGACAAGGACGUUGAGGAAAGCUCUGACGAGGAGAAUGAUCACGACAAUUGAAGAUGUCAAUCAUAAUCUUAUUUUGUUCUAUCAUAAAUUUUCGCAAACAUUUUCCGUAACCAAAAACCUUCAUCAAUAAUCACAGAAACCAUGCUUAUCUUAUUUCAUUUCAAAAACAUUAAACAGCAAUGUUUUAAAUUGUUAAUAACAACCAAAUCCAACGUAAUAUGUAUGUCUUAUAAUUUCAUUCAAUUUUUGAACUUAUCACAAUAAAUCACCCCUCUGUUAUA